AUGGAGCGCGCUGCUGCCAUCGCACCCGGCGAGAUCUUUUCGCCAAAGUACACGUUGGAGAGUUGUCAGGCAUUUUACUUGCUCAGUAUUGCACAACAAGGCAGUGGGCUCAGAAACGAAAGUCACGUAUGUACCAGAUACGAAGCGUAA